AAAUCUCAGAGAAAUUCAAAAUCUACAUAUUUUUGGUACUUAACCUUUGCACCCAAUAACAUAACCUUUGCCCCCGGGAUCUCGCGGAAUCUCGAAGGUCGGAAAACGUGAGCGAGAUCUCGUUCUCUUUUCCUGGACUUCGCCAUCUUGUGAGCAAAAAUGGCUCCCCGUAAGGGUAAGAAGGAGAAGGAAGAACAGGUCAUCUCUCUGGGACCUCAGGUCGCCGAGGGUGAAAAUGUUUUCGGUGUUGCCCACAUCUUUGCUUCCUUCAAUGACACAUUUUGCCACGUCACAGAUCUCUCUGGCAGAGAGACAAUUGUCCUGGUGACUGGUGGGAUGAAGGUCAAGGCUGAUCGUGACGAGGCUUCCCCCUACGCUGCCAUGUUGGCAGCCCAGGACGUCGCUGCCCGCUGUAAAGAAAUCGGCAUCACGGCCCUACACAUCAAGCUGAGAGCUACGGGAGGAAACAAGACCAAGACUCCAGGUCCAGGUGCCCAGUCUGCCCUCAGAGCGCUUGCCAGAUCAGGCAUGAAGAUUGGCCGUAUUGAGGAUGUGACACCUAUCCCGUCAGACAGCACCAGGAGGAGUGGUGGACGCCGUGGUCGCCGUCUGUAGACACCAGACUUGUUAGACUUGUACCAUCCAGAGGGAAAUAAACACACUUCUGUACACCA